CCCAGGCCUCAAAUCCUUUGCCUCACGCCCUUUCUCCUUGCCAUAAAAUUCUCACACUCCGACCAACGCCGCCGCCAACUCGCUGGAAUCGUUGCAGAACUCGCCGGAACCAUGGCUGAGAACGGUGUUGCAAUCCCGUCUAAUGAGAAUGAUGCUCCCACUUCGGUAUCUGAUGCUUCUAAUUCUUCUACUUUUGACAAUGAAGACUACAUCUCUUCAAAUGAAGAAAUUGUCAUUGAUGAGGAAGAAAAUGAGCAAAAGUUAGAGAUUGAAAUGAUUGAAGAAAAGAAGCAUGAGAUCAACAAGAUUUUAGAUGAAAAUGAAAUUAUUUUAGAACCAAAGGUUGGGAUGAUGUUUAAUUCAGAGGAAGAAGUUAGAGCAUAUUAUAAGCAAUAUGCUAAACAAGCAGGUUUUGGUGUGUCAAAGAGAACCUCUAAACUUGGACAUGAUGGGAAUUUAAAAUAUUUCACCAAUUCAUGUGUUAAUCAGCAAGGCAAAAAGUAA